AUGCAACAAACAGCCCAUCCCGAAUGGGUCGAUUUCCCAAACAAUCUCCCUCCAGGCACAAAACCAAGCUUGGGCAUGACCAGAGACCAUGAUCCGAUUGUUCCCCAGGAAGGUCUCGAUAUUUACGAAAUAAAUGUCCCUGUUCGUGAUAAUUCAUCUAUCACACUGCGCAUCUACCGUCAAAAGGCUUGCAACGAUGCCCUUCCUCUGUUCCUCUACAUGCACGGCGGUGGGUAUGUCACGGGUGGUCUUGAAACAGACGACGUAACAUGUAGAGCACUUGCGUUGGAAAUACCUGUCGUUGUUGCGAGUGUUGAGUAUCGACUUGCUCCUGAGCACAAGUUCCCCGUUGGCUUUCAAGAUAGCUUCGACGUCGUCCGCUGGGCUACAUCGUCAGAGGGCCAGAGGAAACUCAAGACAGACUUAUCCAAGGGCUUCAUUCUUGGUGGCACGUCUGCAGGCGCCAACUUCACUGCCGGGAUCUCGCACUCAGCCCGUGAUGAGGGCCUCUCUCCAACAAUCACCGGUGUCGUGUUCCUCGCUGGGAGCUUCUGUCAUCCAGAUGUUAGACCGGAGAAGUAUCUGGGCCGUAUUCUGAGUGUGGACGAGAUCAACGAUGCACCUGGCCUCACGCGAAAGUCAAUUGACUACUUCGCAGGUACAACAUUCUGA